UCUUGAAGGCUCGUCUGUCACUCCCUUCGUGUGAAAUAUCCCACUACACGUUUGAGGCUUAUCACUGGUAAAUCCAAAGGAGAGGAGGAAAGGCACUAAAGGGAAAACAGUUUCUCGGCGCGGACUAACAUCUUCUCCAGGUGUAAAAUCCAUCCUGAGUGCUUUUGCCAUCGUCCAGAGAAACACUGAGAGAAGGGAAACUUGAUCUCAGAGCAGAAAAUGGAAUCUUCACAGGAAACAAACCUCCCAAAUAGAAGCAGCUCUCCUGUUGUUUGGGCGAUGGCUGUCAGCAAAAAAGUAUUUUGCAUGAUUGUUCUCAUGCAUCUAAUGAGCCCCCCAGAGAGUGCUCCAACUGCAGCAAGCGGAAAUGCUGUGGGAAAUAGAUCUUCACCUACAGUGUUCGCCUGCACAAAUAAAGGAUGCAAGGUUGAUCUAGUAUGGUGCCAAGAUGACAAGGUUUUCGACAAUGGUGACAUUCCAGACUGCAAAAGUCAUCACUCAUGGCAAUCCAGGAGUGUCUGUGAGUGUGAUGGUCGAGUGAUGGUAGUCCUUGAUGGAACUUAUUCCUGUGAAUUUGAAGGGCCCGAUGGCACCAUUGAUGGUGAAUACUAUACAGCUCCUGCCAGCUGUUUUCCCCCGGAGGGUCGCCGCCAGAAUCAGUCCGACAACAGCCCAAAGGAAAUGCAAGGUGGAGAGAGUAACAGCACUGACAGUGCAGGAGCAGGGAAUGACCAGGAAAACCCCCCAAACACAGGUGCCAUCGUUGGUGGAGUUGUGGGUGGGCUGCUUGGGAUUGUGAUUUUGACUGUAGCUGGGAUCUAUCUGAAAAGGUACCUUGACAAGCAAAAGCGAAAUAGAGGGCAGAGAGAGCCACAAUGUGAAAAUGGAGAGGCUGUAGCCCUAAACAAUCUGACACCCGCUGGGAAUCCUGUGGGAAAUGGAGACAGGCCUGAUGCUGAUGAUGAUCCUGGAUCAGACCAUGGAAACUCUCCCUUUCAUGACCGUGGAGCUGACAACCCAGCAGCCUAGACACCAGCUCCACUGCACAAUCUUUUUUCCCUCCUAUUUUUCCUCUGUAACAUAGAAGGCAUAAGACGCUGUUGUAACCAGAUAAAUGUGUUUAUUUUACUGUGCUGCUGUAUUAUAUGCUCGC